CCUUCCUCCCAAAAGGCCUAGGAGGCUUUGGGAGGAGUCGAUAAAGAGAUUUUAGUUGAAGAGGAGACGGGAGAGACUCUUUCGGCACUUCAAGAAAAGGAGAUAUCUGAUGGAGGGUACUAGUUCUCCUCCUCCUCUUUCCUCGAGCGUUCCCUUAACGGCUCAAGCGGUCAAUCAUUCUACGCCAUUGGGACCCACAGAGGGAACCGUCGAGUCUGACGAAAGGUGUCUUGACGAGUCUAUGGAAGACGCUAGUGGGAUCCCUGGCCUCAGCGGAGAGGCUAGCGGCGGGGGAGAAGGAGGAAAGAAAAGGAAAGUCUUCCCAUUCCACAUAACGAGCGAGUUGAAGUCACUGUACAGGUCAGGAAUGAUAGGCGUUGGAGUACAGUACGCGAGUCUUAUAGAGACUGCUUGUAUAAGGACUGGAUUAUCAAAGGCACAAGUGAAGAGUUGGAUUAAGAGAACCAAGUAUCAUCAGAGGAAAAUACUCAAGCAAGACGAAGAAAGGAACAAUGUGUACAGUGCCGGGACACAAGAUGAGGAUGAGCACUAUAAUGAAAUUGAAAAUGACCCAGUUACCUUAUACACUCACAAUGAGCCCGAAGGAUUUCAUGAGCAAGGAGGAGUCGUUUUCGUCAAAAACGAAGAAAGCUCUGUUGAGAACAUCCCUCUCCUCCGAAGGCACGUUUUAAUGCCUCGAGAAGCGGAAGUCUUGGAUCUUAGCUCUGGAAGUCAUUCGAGUAGCACUUUGCUGGAUAAGAGAGGAGUAGGCGUGGUUAGACAGCUCCCUAUAGUACAUGGUAUUGAUGGGAACAGAUUAGAAGUCCAAAGAGUGUCUGAUACGCUGACAGGCUCUGACCUGGUUAGUUAUCAAGGGAACUCUGGGCAGAAUCCCUCCUCUUCCACUCACAUCAUAUCACCGCAAUCACUUGUGUCUGGACCUCAGAAAAAUCAUCCACCUGCUCUUGUGUUGACGCCCAAUGGGUCUGGCUCCACUACAGGCACUAGUGGACGUGGACUAACAAACGAGCAGCAAUUAAGUCAAGAAGCAUCUAGAGUUUUUCGUAAAAUCGAAAGAAAUUUUAAGAAGUUAGAGGAGUUAGGGUAUCAGGGAUUUGCUUUUGGCAUUCAUGGUGAUGAUAUACAGUUGGUGAAUUCCAGUUCAAUAUCGCAUUGCUUUACGCCACCUUUACUCUCUUAUCUGAGGGCUGUAAUUGUUGCUGCUAAUCCUCCUCCAUUGAUAUCGCAUUCAACACAAGCCACUCCCAUUUCAUCAACUCAUCACGCAGUUCACGUGACAGCGCAACCAGCAACAAGCUCCACCCCUUCAUCGCGCCAUUACUACAUGUAUGAGCCAGCCAGAGUACAGCAAAGAACAGAGAUAUAUGAAUUAAAUGAUGGCACUACGUAUCAAGCGAAUCAGCAACACCAACAAGAGGACGAAGACGAUGAAGGAUUAAGUGUUGGAGGAAGUGAACAGAUAACAUUUAGUACAACAGGUGCACCUGUUACUAAUAAUGGCAAAAUUCAUGUUGUGCUAACAUGUGAUCCUAACUUAUUAUAUACUACAACUGGAGGUCAUGAUGAUGAUAUUAGUGAUUAAUUAUACAUUUACUGUGUGCAUGCUAUAAAGUGUAAUAAUUAUUAGUGUUAGUCAGAUUUAUCUCUCUCUCUUCAAGGAGUAUCUUUAUUGACUCUAUAAUUCUCGUUUGGUGUUUUACAGAAUUUUAUAUGAAUUUGUGUGUUGUGCUGAUGUACUCAGUUUAUUUUUUUAAGAUAAGGAUAUAAAGUUUACCGAAAAA